CGAUUCACAGUUGAGUGCUGGCGGCUGAAAUAGCAACAGUGCCAUCUACAGAACACCAAAACGAGGAGUUAAGGAUCAGGAGCAAGGAGCUGAGAAACAGGAUCAAUCAUGGCAUUGGAAACGGUGCAGGAGACGCUGCAACAGGCGUCAUCGUCGUCGUCAUCGACUGUCUUGGGAUUCAGCCCCAUGUUGACCACCCUGGUGGGCACUUUGGUGGCCAUGGCUUUGUACGAGUACUGGCGCCGGAAUAGCCGCGAAUACCGGAUGGUGGCCAACAUCCCAUCGCCGCCGGAGCUGCCCAUUUUGGGUCAGGCGCAUGUGGCCGCCGGCCUGAGCAAUGCCGAAAUCCUGGCCGUCGGCCUGGGCUAUCUGAACAAGUACGGUGAGACGAUGAAGGCCUGGCUGGGCAAUGUCCUGCUGGUCUUCCUCACCAAUCCCAGCGACAUCGAACUCAUCCUCAGUGGACACCAGCACUUGACCAAGGCCGAGGAGUAUCGCUACUUUAAGCCAUGGUUCGGCAAUGGUCUGCUGAUCAGUAAUGGACACCAUUGGCGUCAUCAUCGCAAGAUGAUUGCACCCACUUUCCAUCAGAGCAUCCUCAAGUCGUUCGUGCCGACAUUCGUGGAUCAUUCCAAGUCGGUGGUGGCCAGGAUGGGCCUGGAGGCGGGCAAAUCGUUUGAUGUCCAUGACUACAUGUCGCAGACCACCGUCGACAUCCUGCUGUCCACCGCCAUGGGUGUGAAGAAGCUGCCGGAGGGCAACAAGAGUUUCGAGUAUGCCCAGGCCGUCGUCGACAUGUGCGACAUCAUCCACAAGCGACAGGUGAAGCUACUCUAUCGUCUCGAUUCCAUCUACAAGUUCACCAAGCUGCGCGAGAAGGGUGAUCGCAUGAUGAACAUCAUUUUGGGCAUGACCAGUAAGGUGGUCAAGGAUCGCAAGGAGAACUUCCAGGAGGAGUCACGUGCCAUUGUGGAGGAGAUCAGCACACCGGUUUCCGGUUCGCCGGCUGCCAAAAAGGAGGGUCUACGCGACGAUCUGGAUGACAUCGAUGAGAACGAUGUGGGUGCCAAGAGGCGAUUGGCUCUGCUCGAUGCCAUGGUUGAGAUGGCCAAGAAUCCCGACAUCGAGUGGAACGAGAAGGACAUCAUGGACGAGGUGAACACGAUCAUGUUCGAGGGUCAUGACACCACGUCGGCCGGCUCCAGUUUUGCCCUCUGCAUGAUGGGCAUCCACAAGGACAUUCAGGCCAAGGUCUUUGCCGAACAGAAGGCCAUCUUUGGUGAGAAUAUGCUGCGCGAUUGCACCUUUGCCGACACCAUGGAGAUGAAGUAUCUGGAGCGUGUGAUCCUGGAGACGCUGCGAUUGUAUCCACCAGUACCGCUGAUCGCCAGACGUCUGGACUACGACUUGAAGUUGGCCAGUGGCCCGUAUACGGUGCCCAAGGGCACCACGGUCAUUGUGCUGCAGUACUGUGUGCAUCGUCGUCCCGACAUCUAUCCCAAUCCCACCAAAUUCGAUCCGGAUAACUUCCUGCCCGAGCGGAUGGCCAACAGGCACUACUACUCCUUCAUUCCGUUCAGUGCCGGACCGAGGAGUUGUGUGGGCCGCAAGUAUGCCAUGCUGAAGCUGAAGGUCCUGCUCUCGACCAUCGUGAGGAACUAUAUUGUCCACUCCACCGAUACGGAGGCGGACUUUAAGCUGCAGGCCGACAUCAUCUUGAAGCUGGAGAAUGGCUUCAAUGUCUCGCUGGAGAAGCGGCAGUAUGCCACGGUGGCCUAAGUGAUCCUUUUUGCGGGGAAUAAACGACACCGCAAAUACCCUGUACAUAGAUGAUGAAACCCGGCAGUCCCGCAAUCCAGACAUUCCGAACACCACGAACACCACGGACACCACGAUGACGAACUCAGAUAGAAGAUACCCGACACCGAACCAACGCACAAGCCAGCCAGAGAGUCAACCAAUUUUUUUUUAUUUCUUUCUUUCUAUACUACUUAAUACCCUACCUUAAUUUUUCUUCACUUUUUUUGUUUGUUGGUCUUUAGCGGGUGGUGCCCCUAUAUACGUUUAUAUACCAUAUACUCUAUAUAUUCUCUUUCAAACCAACUAUUCAACGCAACUGUUUGUGCUCUUCACCUAUUUUUCUAUCUAUCACUCUUUUUUUUCCUUAGCCAUGUAGUGUGAUUUUUUUUUUCCCCUCUAUUCUAGUAUUUAUUAAGUCACAUGGUUUGAAUGAAACCCAAAAAAUAUGAAAAAUACAUGUACAACGUAGCAAGCAGACAAUGGAGCUGCAAAAAAAGUUUUAAUUGCA